CUGUAACUUUUUAGACCGAGGGAGUUAGGGGUGUGCACAAGUAAGCCGACGUGACCAAACCAAUAUUGAAACCCUAAGCUUCGCCGCUUAGGAGUGCGACCUCGACCUUCGUCUUCCCGAAGCCGCAAAGCACGGCCGGAGUAACAUUUUGUGUGCCUUUACUUACUCUAUUGAAACCCUAAGCCCUUCUCCACAGCCAUGGCGGACGUGAAAAUCUCAGAGAUGCGAGACCUAACGAGAAUAGAGCGCAUCGGCGCUCACUCCCACAUCCGGGGUCUCGGACUGGAUUCCGCCCUCGAGCCACGAGCAGCCUCCGAAGGCAUGGUGGGUCAGACCUCUGCGCGUAAAGCCGCCGGCGUCAUAGUGAAGAUGGUCCAGGAAGGGAAAAUCGCAGGCCGAGCUGUCCUCCUUGCGGGCCAGCCUGGAACUGGCAAGACGGCAAUUGCUAUGGGCAUGGCCAAGUCAUUGGGCCAGGAAACCCCAUUCGCCAUGCUCGCCGGAAGCGAGCUCUUCUCCCUCGAAAUGUCUAAGACUGAAGCUCUGAUGCAAGCGUUCAGGAAAGCAAUCGGAGUGAGAAUCAAGGAGGAGGCGGAGGUGAUUGAAGGCGAGGUUGUGGAAAUUCAAAUUGAUCGUCCUGCCGUGGCCGGGGCUGCUUGUAAGACUGGGAAAUUGACCCUUAAGACUACGGAUAUGGAGACAGUGUAUGACUUGGGGGCAAAGAUGAUUGAGGCCCUUGGAAAGGAUAAGGUACAGAGUGGGGAUGUUAUUGCCAUUGACAAAGCCUCUGGGAAGAUAACUAAACUCGGGAGGUCGUUUUCGCGGUCUAGAGACUAUGAUGCCAUGGGUCCACAAACCAAAUUCGUGCAGUGCCCGGAUGGCGAGCUGCAAAAGAGGAAGGAGGUGGUGCAUUGUGUUACGCUUCAUGAGAUUGAUGUUAUCAAUAGCAGAACGCAGGGAUUUCUCGCUCUUUUCACUGGGGAUACAGGUGAAAUUCGAGCUGAAGUGAGGGAACAAAUCGACACAAAAGUUGCAGAGUGGAGGGAAGAAGGAAAGGCAGAGAUUGUUCCCGGGGUCCUCUUCAUAGAUGAAGUCCACAUGCUCGACAUUGAAUGCUUUUCGUUCCUCAACCGCGCUCUGGAAAACGACAUGGCGCCCAUACUGGUUGUUGCCACCAACAGAGGGAUUACAACAAUCAGAGGCACAAACUACAGAUCGCCGCACGGGAUUCCCAUAGACUUCCUUGACCGCUUGCUUAUCAUCUCCACACAACCCUACUCGGAAGAAGAGAUUCGCAAGAUUCUCGACAUCAGAAGCCAAGAGGAGGACGUGGACAUGUCCGAGGAGGCAAAGGUAUUGUUGACAAAGAUAGGGGUAGAUACGUCUUUGAGGUACGCUAUUCACCUCAUCACCACGGCUGCACUUGCUUGUCAGAAGCGCAAGGGAAGGACCGUAGAAAUGGAAGAUGUGCGCCGAGUGUACGAGCUCUUCUAUGAUGUGAAACGGUCAACACAGUAUCUCAUGGAGUAUCAGAGCCAGUACAUGUUCAGUGAAGCCUCCAUGGGAGAUGAUGCAGAGGAAGAAGAAACUACUGCAAUGAUCUCAUAGCAUAAUGAUUUCUCAUGCAUAUAAUCUUCUAGCUAAGAACAGUUUUGGGGUACUAGAACCCUAGCAAACAAUCCUAUUUUAUUUUGUCUUCCAUGUUUAAAUUUCGGGGCAUGUAAGUUUCCAUGGAAGAUACCUGGUUUUUGGGUUGUUCUUAGGGUCUGUUUGGGAGCAAUUUCAAUGUUUUGAAAAGAUUAUCUAAUGACGGUGUGUAGUUUUAGUGUUUCAAAGUUAAUUUGCACCAUUUAAAAUUUAUUUAAAAUGCUAAAGAUGACCUUUGUUUUGUUUGCAGUAAAAGUCCACUGAGUAU